GCUCUCACUCACACUCGCACUCGCACUCACCCGCACGCCCCUCGCACCAUUGUCCCUGCCCGCCCGCCCCGCUCUUUCGGCGUGUUUUGUUCGCGGCCCGGCGCGGGUCCCGGCGCGCCCGCCCGCGCCGCGGCGGAGCGGAGCGGCACAUUCAUUAUCGGCCGGGGGCCGAUUUCAAACCGCUGCCAUCGCGGCUCCAUUGUUCGCCGGGCGGGCGGGCCCCGCCCCCCUUUGUGCGCGCCGGCCGCGAUUGGCCGGCGGCGGGCGGAGCGCUGCCGUCACCGCUCGGGAAGCCCAUUCAUCUGUGCACUUGGGCGUUGGACUCCGCAUCUUAUUAGCAACCGGGGAGAUUUCUCCAUUUUCUCCUUGUCUACAGUACGGCUACAAAUCUGGGAUUUUUUAUUACUUCUUUUUUACUAAACUUGGGCUCCUUUUUUUUUUUUUUUUUUGCUCGACUUUUUCCUCCCUUUUUUUCCCCUCCCUCCUGUGCUGCUGCUUUUUGAUCUCUUCAACUUUAAAUUUUUUAAAAGGAGUGCAUUAUAAUCGGUUCUGUUCUCUCUUCUCUUUUUUUUUCCCCUCUGGUGUGUGUGUGUGUUGCUGCUGCUGCUGGUCGCCCAGUAUUUAUACCAACCCAACGCUCUUUGUUUCCCCUCCUUUUGGAUCUGUUGAGUUUCUUUGUUGAAUAAGACAGCAUGGGUGCCCAGUUCUCCAAGACCGCUGCAAAGGGCGAAGCCUCCGCCGAGAAACCUGGGGAAGCAGUGGCUGCAUCUCCAUCCAAGGCGAAUGGACAGGAGAACGGCCACUUGAAGGUGAACGGCGACGCCUCCCCCGCAGCGGCGGAGGCGGGCAAGGAGGAGGUGCAGGCGAACGGCAGCGCGCCCGCCGAGGAGACGGGCAAGGAGGAGGCGGCCUCGUCGGAGCCCGCCUCCGAGAAGGAGGCGGGAGAGGCGGAGAGCACCGAGCCGGCCUCUCCGGCGGAGGGCGAGUCCUCCCCCAAGACUGAGGAGGGCGCGACCCCCUCGUCCAGCAGCGAGACCCCGAAAAAAAAAAAGAAGCGCUUUUCCUUCAAGAAGUCCUUUAAGCUCAGCGGCUUCUCCUUCAAGAAGAACAAGAAGGAGGCCGGCGAGGGGGGCGAGGGCGAGGGCGCCGCCGCCGCCGCGGAAGGCGGGAAGGAGGAGGCGGCGGCCCCCGAGGCGGCGGGCAGCGAGGAGGGCAAGGCGGCCGCCGAGGAGCCGUGCGCGGCCGGCAGCGCCGAGCCGGCGAAGGAGGAGGCGGGGGACUCGCAGGAGGCCAAAUCGGACGAGGUCGCCCCCGAGAAGGCGGCGGGAGAAGAGGCCCCGGCGGCGGCGGAGGAGCAGCAGCAGCAGCCGCAGCAGCCGCAGCAGGCAGCGGAGGGGAAGGCGAAGGCGGCGGAGGAGGCGGCGGGCGCCGGCGCCGCCACGAGCGAGGCGGGCAGCGGCGAGCAGGAGGCGGCCCCCGCGGAGGAGCCGGCGCGGCAGGAGCCCCCCGCCGAGAGCAGUCCCGAGGGACCCGCCGCCGAGUCGGCGGAGUAGUAAGCGCCGCCGCCGCCCCUCGCCGACGGACUUUUCUUCCCCCCUGUUUGUUUGUUGGAGUGGUGCCAGGUACUGGUCUCGGAGAACUUGUCUACAACCAGGGAUUGAUUUAAAAGAUGUCUCGUUUCUUUUUUUUCUCUCCCCCCGCAGCUCCCAUCUCAAAUCGUUGUGUGUUGCCGCCAUUCCAACGGGCGGAGGGGGGCCCCCCUCCGCCCUCCUCUCCUACCCUCUAUAUUUUGGGGUUUUUGGGGUUUUUUUUUCAUCAGUAUUAACAUUUUGUUUUGGUUGGUUCGGGUUUUUUUUUCUUUUUUUUUUUUUUUAAAUUUUUUUUUUGUUUUGAUUUGUUGUUUUGUUGAUUUUUUUUUUAAUUUCAUGCUUUGCAACUCUCUUCAUAUUAUAAAACUUUUGCCGAUCGGUCUAUGGACAUGCCCAUAUAUGAAGGAGAUGGGUGGGUCAAUAAGGGAUAUCAAAUGAAGUGACAGGGGCCGCAGUGGGGAACCCGGGGCGCGCAGCCCUUGCCGGGAGCGCGCCCCGUCAGAAAUGAUGUAAGGGGUUAGUCUUUUUUUUAAAAGAAAGUUAUUACGAUGUAUUUUGUGAGGCAGAUGUUCUAUAAGGUUUACAACACUACAAGUCUUGAUUAAGAAGGAAAGGAAAAAGGAAAAAAAAUAAAAAAUAAAAAUCAAUACCCAGAUAAAGAGAUCAUAGUCUUAGGAAUUCAUUUAAACCAUAGGAACUUUUCACUUAUCUCAUGUUAGCUGUAUCAGUCAGUGAUUAAGUAGAAAUACAAGUUGUAUAGGCUUUAUUGUUUAUUGCUGGUUUAUGACCUUAAUAAAGUGUAAUUAUGUAUUACCAGCAGGGUGUUUUUAACUGUGACUAUUGUAUAAAAAAACAAAUCUUGAUAUCCAGAAGCACAUGAAGUUUGCAACUCUUUCCACCCUGCCCAUUUUUGUAAAACUGCAGUCAUCUUGGACCUUUUAAACACAAAUUUUAAACUCAACCAAGCUGUGAUAAGUGGAAUGGUUACUGUUUAUACUGUGGUAUGUUUUUGAUUACAGCAGACAAUGCUUUCUUUUCCAGUUGUCUUUGAAAAUAAAGGAAAACUCUUCAGAUGCAAUGUUUUUUUUUGUGUAGCAUCUUGUCUAUCAUGUUUUUGUAAAUACUGGAGAAGCUUUGACCAAUUUGACUUAGAGAUGGAAUGUAACUUUGCUUACAAAAAUUGCUAUUAAACUCCUGCUUAAGGUGUUCUAAUUUUCUGUGAGCACACUAAAAGCGAAAAAUAAAUGUGAAUAAAAUGUAUAA